AUAAAAGAACAAUCAGCAGAAAAGAAAACACCAUUGGUUGAGCUAAGGUCCGAUAACAAUGAACAAUACUUCAGCAGUAUUAGAAAACACAACUGCGCCAUGCUCGACGAGCCUGUGUUCUCAGAAUCAGAAUGUUUCUCAGGGACCACCAGGUACUAGUAUAUACGAUGAUGUAUUGGAGGGGCUGGCAUACGUGAAUUAUGUUUUGUUGCCCACCAUGCUAGUACUGGGUAUCGGGGGAAAUAUUCUCACCAUUACCAUUAUGACGUCACCAAAGUUCCGUAAGCUGACCUGCAGGUUCUAUCUGAUAUUUCUGGCCCUGUCCGACUUGGCGCUGUUACUUACACAACCAUUCAAUAAAAUGUUUGUAAUCAAAAUGUUCGGUGAAGAUGUACGGGCAAUAUCAGAUGUAGGGUGCAAGAUCUUUUUCUGGUUUUUUCGUACCGGGAAAAUGACAUCCUCUUGGUUUGUCGUGUGCCUCUGCAUUGAAAGAUUCAUUGCAGUUUGGUUUCCCUUGAAAGCAAAAAUAAUUUCCACAUCGAAGUCAGCAUGGAUACAAAUCAGUUGCGUGUAUUUAGUAAUAGGGACUUUUAAUGGGAUCUGGACAAAAAACUCCAAGGUCCUUUCUGAUGGUAAAUGCUAUCCUGACCACUUUGACAAGAAAGAUCAUUCGGCUGCGGAGGAAUACAAGGCGAUGUUGACCGCUGGUUCCAGCCUCUACUCUCUAGUGCCUCUAUGCCUCCUCGUCACCGUGACGCCACUGAUCGUGUUUAAGUUAGCCAGACACAGGCAACAACGCAAACGUCUCGCGGCAACAUCCAAGAGCGACACCGCCCAAGCAACCAAAACCACGGCCAUGCUCAUCGGUAUCGUGGUCGCUUACUUCGUCUUAGUGCUGCCGAUUACUCUUCUUCACAACAUCGCUUUCUACAUGGGAAUGAAAUCGUUCGGGGACAACCCCAAAGGAUUCCUCAUCUUCCGGGACGUGGCUCAGAUUUUGGAGCAAAUCAAUUACGGCAUCAACUUUUACCUCUACAUUCUUACAUCCACUCAGUUUCGUCAUCAACUGAUCUCGUACUUAACCGAAAACAGAAUAUAUAAAAUGCUACGACAGGUUACCUCGACCGGAAGUCGAACCACGUCUAGCAAGCUGUCCCAGAAUACCCCUGAUAACAAGGACUUGGAAGAAAAGGCCUAA